GAGGAGGGAGUGAGAUUGGGAAAGACAGAGGAAAAGCUUAGUAGAUGCGAAAUCUGAAAUUGCAUUAAGGAGUUAUUGCAGGAUCCACGUCCAGAUCCCGCUGGAGACCGUAUUGCACAGGAGGGUCUUGCUGCAUCAAUUGUGCAUUUCUCUGCUGCUGAAACUGGGGACCAUAAGCACCUGAUUUGUGGAUAUGCUGCUGAAAAUUAAAUAGUUCUCUCUCUCUCUUUUUCCUCUCCUGAGUGUUGGGGAAGGGGAGGGGGGUGAGCUACAGCAAGAAGGACCACGGCAGCCUACAGCGGGAGCAGGCAUCAGGAUAUUGCCUGCAUGAGAAGAACCCACUGGUUGACACAUCCUGGGGAAACAAGGAUUGUGCUGUGAGUUACCAGGAGCCAGAAAUGCAUGACACACAGCAGAGGCAUGCUAUGCUAUAAAUGGAGAAAGAUGGGGGGAGAAUGUGAGAGCCCGGAUACAGCACCCUGCCUGGAGAGCUUCCCAUCUCCCCAACUCAGCUGAGGGCUUCUCCCUUUCUGCCUUCAAAACUCACCCACAAGGAUGAUAUGAAAGGGAAAGAACACGCCAGGUGAUUCCACAGCACGGCCGGCGGCUGCUGCUGCAUCAACCACUCAGUUGUGAUAGCAGGAAAUUGCAGAGGAGCCUGGGCAGCAGCAUGGCAGGACCGUGCCUGGAGUUUGGCCACUGGGAUUUCUGGAUGCAAGAAAUAGGGCGAUAAAAGAAAAAGAGGGGGAGGAAAGAUCUAUAGAUAUUUAUAUAUAUAAAUAAAGAGAAGAUGCUGAGCUGCACUGGGCUGUGAUUGGAAAUUUAAUCAGAUCUCUUCGGGAAGGGAGAAAGUUUCUUGCUGGCCAUUGGCAGGCGGGCUGCGAGUUAUGGUGCCUGGGGAAGCUGAUGGCUAAACUAUGAAGGCAGGUGGCUCAGCAAGGACAUGGGAUGGAUUGGAGUGAAAGGAAGAAAAAGAAAGUGUAGGUGCUGGCCGAGGAUCACCAUUGUCACCGUCACCGCCAUCACCCACCCAGGACAUGUUGUGAAGGGAAUCUAAAAGAAGGGAUCCUUUUUUAUUUUUUUUUCAAUUUUUUUUUUUCAAAUUUUUUUUUUAUUUUUUUAUUGGCACAAUCAAUGCACCUUGGUCAGUAAAAGUUUGGAGAAGGGAGAAGCUGCCUGUGCUCUUUUUCUCCAGCACUCCCCCCACACCCUACUCCCUCCCUUCCUCCUUACUGUGCAAAUCAGUGUGAAAUUAGCCUCAAGUUGCGGCCAGAGUUUGAAUGGACACGUUGGUCUGGGAUGUAUCGGAUGAGAAUGAACCAUGGCGGCUCCUGGCUCUACUGGGUCCUGUGUGCUACCUCCGCUGGCCCGGCUUUAACCAACCUGGGUGUCCACCUGAAUCCUGUGGUUCCCCUGACACAAAUACUGGAACUCCUGAAGGACCAAACACAAACAAAGUAUGAAUGUUGAACAAGAUGACAUUACAUCCACAGCAGAUGAUGAUAGGUCCUAGGUUCAACAGGGCCUUAUUUGACCCCCUUUUUAUUGUGCUGUUGGCUCUCCAGCUUCUCGUGGUGGCCGGCUUGGUCAGAGCGCAGACCUGCCCUUCCGUAUGUUCUUGCAGUAAUCAGUUCAGCAAAGUUAUUUGCACACGGAGAAACCUGCGCGAGGUUCCGGAUGGUAUAUCCACCAACACGAGGCAGCUGAACCUUCAUGAAAACCAGAUCCAAAUAAUCAAAGUGGACAGUUUUAAACACUUACGACACUUAGAAGUUUUACAGUUGAGUAGGAAUCACAUUAGGACGAUUGAAAUUGGGGCCUUCAAUGGCUUGGCCAACUUAAACACGUUAGAACUGUUUGACAAUAGGCUGACUACCAUUCCAAAUGGAGCUUUUGAAUAUCUGUCAAAACUGAAAGAGCUUUGGCUGCGGAACAACCCCAUUGAGAGCAUCCCAUCUUAUGCUUUUAAUCGCAUCCCGUCACUGCGUCGGUUGGAUUUGGGGGAAAUGAAAAGAUUGUCAUAUAUUUCAGAAGGAGCAUUUGAAGGGCUUUCGAACCUUAAAUAUUUGAACCUUGGGAUGUGCAACCUAAGAGAAAUACCCAACCUUACCCCUCUCGUGAAACUAGAUGAGUUAGAUCUUUCUGGGAACCAUCUGUCGGUUCUCAGACCAGGAUCAUUCCAAGGAUUAACCCAUUUGCAAAAAUUGUGGAUUAUGCAUUCCCAAAUUCAGGUGAUUGAGCGGAAUGCCUUUGAUGAUCUACAGUCGCUUGUGGAACUUAAUUUGGCACAUAAUAAUCUAACUUUACUGCCUCAUGACCUGUUCACACCUCUCCAUAAUUUGCAAAGGAUUCAAUUGCACCACAAUCCCUGGAACUGCAACUGUGACAUACUUUGGCUGAGCUGGUGGCUAAAAGAAAUAGUCACUACCGGCAGCACAUGUUGUGCUCGUUGCAGCACUCCGGCCAAUCUAAAAGGUACUCACAUUGCAGAACUGGACCAGAAUUAUUUUACGUGUUAUGCCCCUGUGAUUUUGGAGCCACCCACUGAUCUGAAUGUCACAGAAGGGAUGGCCGCUGAACUCAAAUGUCGGGCAUCAACAUCAUUGACUUAUGUUAGUUGGAUUACUCCUAAUGGCUCCAUUAUGACCCAUGGGGCUUACAAAGUACGAAUAUCUGUGCUUAAUGACGGCACACUAAACUUUACAAAUGUAACAGUGCGAGAUACGGGAUUGUACACGUGCAUAGUGAGUAACUCUGCAGGGAACACCACUGCCUCAGCGACACUGAAUGUGACCGCAACCGAUACUGGUUACACAUACUUUUCCACCGUCACUGUAGAGACAAUGGAACCAUCUCAGGAUGAGGCGAGGACCACGGAUCAUCAUGUAGGCCCUACACCAGUCAUUGACUGGGAAACCACAAAUGCAACCACCUCGCUAAUGCCUCACAGCACAAGGUCCACAGAGAAACCCUUCACCAUCCCAGUCACGGAUGCAAAUAGUGGAAUGCCAGGUAUAGAUGAAGUUAUGAAGACCACCAAAAUUAUAAUUGGCUGCUUUGUGGCCAUCACCCUAAUGGCAGCCGUCAUGUUGGUUAUUUUCUACAAGAUGAGGAAACAGCACCACAGAAAGAACCACCACGCUCCCACGCGGACUGUUGAGAUUAUAAACGUGGAUGAUGAACUAACCGCUGACACUCCCAUUGAGAGCCACUUGCCCAUGCCCGCGAUUGAACACGAGCAUUUAAACCACUAUAACUCUUAUAAGUCCCCUUUUAAUCACACAACAACAGUGAACACAAUAAAUUCAAUACACAGCUCUGUGCAUGAACCUUUACUGAUUCGCGCAAACUCUAAGGACAAUGUACAGGAGACGCAGAUCUGAAAUUCUACAGCGUGCCAGAUUAACAGCAAAAACAGACAAUUUAUAUUAAAAAAAGGAACAAAAAUGACUGGGCUAAAUCUACUGUUUCCAAUAAAAAAAAAAGUGUCUUUACAAAAAAAAAAAAAAAAUUAAUAAAAAACAAAGAAAUUUAUUUAUUAAAAAUUCUAUUGUGAUCUAAAACUAUUGAAAUCUGUGUAUUCCUCAAGCUAAGUUGGCUACGCUUGGUUUACCCUGAGAGCUCAUAUCUUUCAUAGGAAUAUGGAGUCUAAAUCCUCCAGAAAGACCUAAUUGUAGAAAUCUUUUUUUUAGUUUUUUGUUUUUGUUUAUAAAAUAUGUUUUUAGGGUUUUUUUUUAUGGUGAACUGAAGCAUCAAAUUGGUUUAUUGAUUUAUUUUCUUAAAUGGUGGUAGCCUUCAAAAGUAUUUCCCUCCGAGCGUUAGGGAAUGGUGUGUAAAUCGCUGCCCUAUUAGGAUCGGCAGAUUCACAAGAACAGAGUAAAAGUUAAAAAAAAUAUAUAUUUUUUAUUUUUCUUGUAAUGACCUAUUCUGUAUUUUUGCAGAAUUAAUAUUCUUUGGGAAGAUAUAAGAAACACAAAAUAACGUGUAAUAAUCUAUCAUCACUGACGUAGCUCUGAAACGAGCCAAGUUUGUAGCUCUGCACACUUAAAGAAGGUUAUGAAUAAAA